AUGGCGGUCUUAUUCCUCCUCCUUCUGUUCCUAUGUGGAGCCCCAUGGGCUGCUGCAGACAACAUCCAGACCAUCUAUGUAGCCUCGGGGGAGGCGUUGGAGCUGCCAUGUCCUUUACCGCCCACCCUGAGUGGAGACGAACUCCUAUCCUGGUUCCACAGCCCAGCAGCAGGUUCCUCCACUGCCCUGGUGGCCCAAGUCCAAGUGGUCAGGCCAGCCCCAGACCUUGGGAGGCCCACCAGGGCAUCCAGGCUCAAACUACUGGGGAACUUCUCACUGUGGCUGGAAGGGUCCAAGGAGGGAGAUGCUGGUCGGUACUGGUGUGCUGUGCUGGGUCAGCACCACAGGUACCAGAACUGGAGGAUGUAUGAUGUCUCCGUGCUCAGAGGAUCCCAGCUAUCUGCGAGGGCUGCCGACGGAUCCCCCUGCUCUGUCCUCGUGUGCUCUGUGGCCCCUGCCAGACACCUAGACUCUGUGACCUGGCUAGAGGGAAAGGGUCCUGUGAGGGGCCGUGUACAGUCAUUUUGGGGUGAUGGGGCUGCCCUGCUCUUGGUGUGUCCUGGGGAGGGGCUCUCUGAGUCGGGGGAACAUAGACCACGAAUCAUCCGCUGCCUCAUGCCUCACAACAAAGGGGUCAGCUUUAGCCUGACAGCCUCCACGGAUGCCUCCCCUGCCCUCUGUGCCCCUUCCACGGGCUGGGACGUGUCCUGGAUCGUGAUGCUCUUGCUCACAGUGGGUCAGGGGUUCACCAUCCUAGCCGUCAGCAUCAUGCUCUGCAGACAGAGGGCCCAGGGGGCUCAGUGCAGAGGUACCUCAAUUCCUCAGUUCAAACCUGAAAUCCAGGUCUAUGAGAACAUCCAUUUGGCCUGUCUCAGCCCACCUGCCCCCAAGAUCAGAUGA